AUGCUACAACCAAAGCACAUCUCCAAAACCCUCUCACAAGUGCUCUCGCUGGCGGGCCAGGGGCCUAUAUCUGCAUCGCUACUUUCCAAAAAGGGGCUCCCGUUGGCUACGGUGCUGGUGCCAAACCUGGACAUCUCUUCAGACAAUCUCAAGGUGUUCUCGUUGUUGGCAAUCAAUGCGUUUCAUCAGCAGACCAAGGCGAAAAGCGCCGACUUGGACGACUGGGCUGUUAUGGACGUUGACGGAAACUUGAGGACGAUGGUAAAACGCUUCUCUACCGAGGGAGGUCUCAAAAACCUGAUGUAUGUGGUGAUCUUCUACCUUAGUGGGUACGAAGACGGAAAAGCCAAGGCACAGCUUGACGUGCUUACGGAGACGCUAGAAAACGAACUUCAGGGCUACGUGGCGGCUUAG